CCUUAUUAAUAUUAUUAUACAGAGAGAGACAGAGAGAGAGAGAGAGAGAGAGCGAUAAGGACGAAGAGCAUUAGAGAGCGAGGAAGCAGAAAAAUCAAAUAAAAAAUGAGCACUCUCAAAGCCGUAGCUCUCAUCAUCGGAGACAGCGGCUUAAAGGGUUCUGUUCAGUUCCUCCAGGAACCUAAUGGGGCUACCCAUGUAAGCGGGAGGAUUAGUGGCCUAUCACCUGGCCUUCACGGAUUCCAUAUUCAUGCUCUUGGUGAUACCACCAAUGGCUGUAACUCCACUGGACCUCAUUUUAAUCCACUGAAGAUGAACCAUGGAGCUCCUUCUGAUAAGGAGCGUCAUGCCGGUGAUUUGGGAAACAUCUUUGCAGGCUCAGAUGGUAGUAGAGUUGCUGAGAUUUCCAUCAGUGACCGGCAGAUUCCUCUCAGCGGGCCUCAUUCAAUUCUUGGAAGGGCAGUCGUUGUGCAUGCUGAUCCUGAUGAUCUUGGAAAAGGUGGACAUGAACUAAGCAAGUCUACAGGGAAUGCAGGAGCCAGAGUUGGAUGUGGUAUUAUUGGACUUCAGUCAUCUGUUUAGAAUUGAUUUACCCAGACGCAUAAAGCUCCCUUUGUAAAUGUGGGUUUCAAUUCCCUUUUUGGUGUUUUUAAGUUCCAUAACAAGUGUAUUAUAGUGGGAUUAAAAUAUGGCUUUUAUUUGGAAGUACAUGUAUCUUCUGAAGUGUAAAGCUUGCCAACUGAUCCAUCCUUUUAUGAAAUAUAAAAUUCUCAGGCAUUCUUCUC